AUGGGUAUUCUAAAAGUUAGGUACAGUGCUGUAAUGCUGUACUCCGCAGAACCACGCUAAGCCUUAUUCGCGUAGCUAUAAUUUUUCAGGAAAUGGUAAGCUACCUCAAAUCCAUAAACUCCCAGCUACGGAUUUCGAAUUCUGCCAGCCAGCCAUACUCUCGGAUUGCAGAGAAAGCGCCCAUUCCGAACUCAAUUGAUGGCAUUUGUACAAAAGCCAUCGACCAUGGCCGACUCUCAACCCACAUCUUCCUCCAAGAUCCCUCCCGCAGCCUCAUCCAACCCCACACCGGCACCAGACUCUUCACUUUUCUCACAACGAUCACGGCGGCAAUUUGGCCUAUUCAUGGGUGGUGCAGGAUUUGUCGCCCUUUCGGCUUUCGUCACUCGCAGAGCACUUGUAAGAAAGUAUAACGCGAUGCUGCCAAAAUUCUACACGCCCAGUAAUCGUGUUCAUGAAGUCGAUGGAUCUACUGAGGCAUUGGAAGCAUUGAGUGUAGCGACUAUUAAUGUGGCUAGCAUUAGCCUCAUGCUCAGUGGAGGUCUAUUGUGGGCUUUCGAUAUUUCGACUGUCGACGACAUGAGGCAGAGAUAUCGAGCGAAGAUGGGAUUGCUCGCUCAAGAAACAAACCCAGAAGACGAGAAGCAAAUGGAGGAGUGGGUAGCUACAAUGAUGGCUAAAUUGAAUAUUGAUCCUAAGGAGUAUACUGCUGAGAAAGGCGAAAACGUUCUUGGAGAAAUGGGGGGGCAAGCGGGUGUAGAUACGGACCGAUCAAAGAAAUCAUAGAGCCGGAACAGAUUCUUGUACAACAUUCGGCAACUACAGUAUAGUAGAGAUCGCACAGUACUGGAAUACUAGCAUGGAUAAACUUUAUUAUCAAGACAACGGGCAAGCACCAGAGACAAAUGACCCUGGCUCUCAAACUGAAGAAGAAUACUGCACACCAGAAUAAUUUUGAUUGCCAAAAGGUGCACUUUGCAUGCCGAGGCUGAGAUACAUUCGCGGUAAUUGCUGCGAGUGCAAGAGUCUCGUUACGGAUCCCUUCGGUAUUUCUUUUGGCGACGCGUAUCACGGUGAAGCCAUCAUUUCACCCGAGACGGUUCCAUUGGGCGCAAAAAAAAAAGGU